AUGUCCGAAGAAAAUCAGAAUAAAUUGGAGUACAAAUUGGGCACGGAAGUUGUUCGUAUUGAAUACGAGGAUAAAUGGGGUGCAUCUGUUCCUCCACUUUAUCAAAGUGCCACAUUCAUGGCUCCAGAUAUUGAGCAUAUGGGAAAGUAUGACUACACUAGAUCAGGCAACCCAACAAGAACAGUCUUGCAAAGACAUCUAGCUAAAAUAAUUGGCUGUAGACAAGUUUGGGCAGUGAACUCCGGUAUGUCUUGUCUUGAUGUUAUAGUCAGACUUUUACAUCCCGGGGAUGAGGUUGUUUCAGGGGAUGAUUUGUAUGGUGGAACGGACAGAUUGCUCACUUACAUCAACAACAAUGCAGGCAUCAAAGUUGGUCAUUACGAUAUAACCGAUACGGAACUGAUCAAGUCGAAGAUUAAUAAGAAAACUAAAAUGGUCAUUCUUGAAUCUCCAACCAACCCACUAAUGAAGAUUGUGGAUGUGAAAACAAUUGCCCAGUAUGCCCACAAAAUAAAUCCAGACUGUAUUGUUGUCUUUGACAACACUAUGAUGACCCCCAUCAACAUGAAGCCUCUUAAAUUAGGUGUUGACAUCCACUACGAGUCGGCCACCAAAUACUUGAACGGUCAUCAUGAUGUCAUGGGUGGAAUUAUUGCAACCGAUAGCAAAGAGUUGGCCGACAAGUUGUAUUUUGUCAUCAACUCGAUCGGUUCUGGUCUGGCACCAUUUGACUCUUGGUUGAUGCUUAGAGGACUCAAGACCUUGGCUCUCCGAUUUGAAAGACAACAGAGCAACUGUAUAAAGGUGGCUCAAUUUUUGGAGGAUGAGGGAUUCGUGGUUCAUUAUCCAGGACUCAAGUCUCAUCCACAGUACGAACUUCACAAGUCUCAAACCAAGGGUCCAGGUGCCGUGUUCUCAUUCGAGACCGGCGAUGUCAAACUGAGCGAGAGAAUUAUACACAAUGUUGAUAUAUUCCACGUUACUGUCUCAUUUGGAUGUGUUAACUCGUUGAUUUCUUUGCCAUGCAAGAUGUCACAUGCAUCUAUCAGUCCUGAGGUCAGAAAGGAGAGAGGCUUGAAGGAGGAUGUUAUUAGAAUUUGUGUCGGCAUUGAAGAGCCUGACGAUCUUAUUGCUGAUUUGAAGCAGGCUAUUGAUGCUGCUAGAAAGGGAAUCGAGAACUGA